AUGGCCGGCAAGGACUUGAUGGGAGUCACCGGCAUCGCCACGUCAACACCACUCCGGCUUGUACACGACGUCGUACGAAUAUCUGGUGCCGGAUUUUCUGGUUCCUUCAAGAAAAACUGUAUGGACCUGGCUCGCAGAAUCUCACUCUUGACCCAUUUACUUGAAGAAAUUGGAGACUCUAAGAAUAGUCAUGACAAUGGCGAAAUGGGAUCCUCUUCUUCUUUCAAUUCUUGCAUUUCUGAACUCAAACUGGCAAUCCAGGCUGCGAAAAAGCUUCUUAUUGCAGCUAACAACUUCGAUAAUUCCAAGAUUUCCUCUGAUGGGGCUGCAAAAAAAAUCUCCUUCCAAUUUCAAUGUGUGACGUGGAAAUUGGAGAAGGUACUAGCUAACCUACCUUAUGAUCAUUUUGACAUAUCAGAGGAAGUACAGGAACAGGUUGAAUUAGUCAGAGCCCAGCUGAGGCGAGCCAAUGAAAAAUAUGGUGGUCCUUUGGGUUCGAACGUACUAUCUAGGGCAUUGUCCCAGCUGCUGGAAAAAGAGUUUGAUCCCCUUCAGAACGGCAACAUGGCUGUCAGAAGUCUACAUCUAGAAAAUAAUGGUAAUAUUGAUCAUAAAGUCAGAAGAAAACUGGGAGAUAUUCUAAAAGGUUAUGGGUCAGAAUGUCAUGUAUCAGCUGAGAUCCUUACAGAAUCCGAAAGGAAGCCCUCCAUAUCAACCGAGGUUUCUGUGCAAGAAGUUCAUAGCGAGAAAAGUUAUGAUUCUAAUAGGAAAAGUCCUGAGGAGAGAAAGAAGCCAGAUUCUCCAGUUAUUCCUUUCGAUUUUCUUUGCCCUAUAUCUCUUGAAAUUAUGAGGGAUCCAGUUAUCGUGGCCACGGGGCAGACGUACGAGAGAUCUUAUAUACAGAGAUGGAUAGAUUGUGGCAGUACAACAUGUCCAAAAACUCAACAAAGGCUCCAAAAUCUAGUCCUUACUCCCAAUUAUGUUUUAAGAAGUCUAAUAGCUCAGUGGUGUAUGAAACACAACUUGGAACAGCCAACAGCAUCAGUGAGUGGAAGGAUUAGAAGAAGUGACGGAUCAUUUGAAGAUAUUAGUGAGAACAUAGCAGCAAUUGAAGCAAUUGUUCAUAAGCUUUCAAGUAGUUUCAUUGAGGAACAGAGGUCUGCAGUUUCUGAGAUCCGGUCUCUAUCCAAAAGAAGUACGGAUAAUAGAAUCUUGCUUGCAGAAGCUGGAGCUAUUCCCAUUCUGGUUAAACUCUUGACGUCUGCGGAUGGUCAAAUCCAAGACAAUGCUGUCACGUGUGUUCUUAACCUUUCCAUUUAUGAUAAUAACAAGGGACUCAUAAUGCUUGCCAAUGCCAUCCCAUCCAUUGUUCAGGUUCUCAGAAGUGGAAGCAUGGAAGCAAAAGAAAAUGCGGCAGCAACUCUUUUUAGCUUGUCCCUUGCAGAUGAAAAUAAAAUAAUAAUAGGCGCAUCGGGGGCUAUUCCAGCUCUCGUAGACUUGCUACAGAACGGAAGCUCAAGAGGGAAGAAAGAUGCUGCAACAGCAUUGUUCAAUUUGUGUAUUUAUCAGGGGAACAAGGGAAGGGCUAUAAGGACUGGCAUUAUCACUGCCCUUUUAAAAAUGCUGACGGAUUCAAAUACUUGCAUGGUCGAUGAAGCACUUACCAUUCUUUCAGUUCUUGCAAGCCAUCAUGAAGCAAAAUCUGCCCUCAUCAAAGCUAGCACGAUACCAGUAUUGAUAACUCUUUUGAGAACGGGUCUUCCUCGUAACAAGGAGAAUGCGGCUGCUAUUUUACUUUCUUUGUGCAAAAGAGAUACUGAAAAUGUUGCUUGUUUGAGUAGGCUUGGUGCAUUACUACCUCUUUCAGAGCUUGCCAAAAGUGGGACGGAGAGGGCGAAGAGGAAGGCUACUUUGUUGUUAGAGCAGCUUAGCAAGGCUUGA